AUGAUCACUCGGUUUCGUCUGGUGGCCGCGGUCUUGGCUAUAUGUGGCGUUGCAUGUGCGACCGUGGGGGCCAUCCUAUUUGCCCAACACCAAGCCAAACUCGACACGAAGAGCAUCGUGUCCAACAUACAACAAGCGUCGGCGUUGAAUGUCACGUUCACCGCCCUUCGAUCGACCAUGCAACUCAACGGCAAAAGCCAAGCCACCGUGUACAUCGUCCCUCGCGCGAGCGACCUCGAAGAAGACGCCGGGUCGGCGCUGACCUUUGACGCCAUUCUAACCCAGCCAGGCAACGACGUGAACGAGACAUACGUGCUCCUCAACAACCGUGCGUACUGGUCGAUUUCUUAUUCCGACGGCACCCCCAGCACGUCGGGGUGCAUGGAGCCAUCGCAAAUCCCCCCCAUCGAGCUCCUUCAAAGCAGCUUGGAAGGGUCGCACGCGGUGUCCGUUGUCGACGAGCACGGUGCGCCAACCACCGUGGGCUGCGACCAGGGCCAACUGUUGGAGCUCAAGUUUGCAGGUGAAACGUUUGUCGUGUGCAAAUCGAGCGCCAAUCGAAUCACCCACGUCCUCGGUGACGACUUGACGUUCACCGUCGAGUACAUUUACGAUCCAAAUCGAGUCUCAGACAUUGUCUCAGACAUUGUAGCUCCGUCGACCGAUCGCCAGUGUCCGUUUGUCCGGGCAGCUCUUCCGAAAGCACCACCUUCGAAAGUCAGUGGCAGGGUCCCUAGAACGUUGUCGCUAGGUCGGUCGUCGUGCAGCUGCAACGGCCUCCGUCGCCCUUGUCUCUUUGUGCACGGUUUGGGCACAUCCUCCAACGGCCCUACAGUCGAUUCGUUGGCGGAGUAUUGGGGGAGCAUUCAAGAUAACGCCCCAUGCUGCUCCAGCACCAAUUUUGUGCAAAUGGAGACUGUCAAGCGAGGGUGGGCGGAUGAAGAGAUUCAGCAUGAUUUCUGUCGGUUAGCGUUGCAAUACGGAACCAACAACAACAGAACGACAGUGGGCAACCUCAUUCUGGUCACGCACUCCAUGGGGAACCUCGUUGCAGGGGGCGCGCUGGCCACCGGUAGGUGCAGCUUCUCCGAGGGCGUGUCGUGGAUUUCGUUGUCGGCGCCCAUGCAAGGCAGCAAGACGGCGAAUCUACUGGAGCAAAAGUGCAGUUCUGGGGGCUGGGGCGACGCCCCCAUCAAGGUGAUUUUGAACCUCGUGGGCAAAUGCCCCGCCGAACGAGCGUUCCUGCAGCUGAAACACCAAAGCACCGUCGACUUGACCUUGCAUGAUCAGUACGCUGCCGCCCAGAAAGCUCGCAUCAACCACCCGGACAAGAAACUGUUGUGUGGCGUCAGUCCUGUGGGGUUGAUCACGUGGGCCUCUGGGUUGAACUUCGUUUCGUCCUUGUCCAAACAUAACACGGAGGACGAUGGCGUAGUGGACUUCUGGUCGUGCGGCGUGGGCGUGAGUACUAGUAGGUUUGGAAGCAAUACCAGAAGUGCGAAUUACAAGGCUGCGCUGAACCACUUGGACACGUCGUUUCGGAACGGAGACGGGUGGUGGGGCGACGACCGCAAGCCUGUCAAGUGGUUUGAAUGUGCAUUGUAA